UGUCAUUUAUGUUUCAGUGGUGUUGGAUUUGAUUGGGUGGAAUUGUGUACUUGGAAAUUUCCUCAUAUUUGAAAAAUGCUGUAUGUAAAAAUAUCACUGGUCUAAAACUAAACUUUUAUGGUACAACUGACAAGUUGACACCACUUUCAAUCCCUUUCUGGAGCAUCUCAAUCGCACAUAUGGGAGAGUAUAACGUGACUGUUUAUGUACUUCAGAAAGAUUGAACUAACCAUCCUUUUUCAAUGGAAACAGGAAGUUGGUCUACCAAAACCCCCUAUACUCUCCUUCACCCCAAGUUGCUCGUAACACAUUCAGACAAUGAGACGUCAGAAACAUCUACGUCGAAGGCUCUUCUGAGAAAGGUGACAAAUAGGAGGCCUGUGAUUGGCUGGAGUUGUUUUUACAUGUGGUUGCGUUUAUGUCCAAGGUAUUGUGAUAAUGUAGACAGGCAUUUUCCACUGAGGUGGACCAAUCAGAUCUCGACACAAACAUCCGCUUCAAAGGCCCUCACCAUCGUCAGCUCCCCCAGCGCCAGUCUCUGAGAUGGAGAGAUCAAGAGCUAUUCUCAUCGCUCUCGUCUGUGCUUUGUUCUCCAGGAUCUCUGGAGCAGAAGUGGAGAUGAGGGUCAGACCAGGAGACGACGUGACUCUCUACAGCGACUGUAUUUGGAAGAGUGGAUUUAGUAUAGUUUGGUUUAGAAACUCCUCAUGUGAGCAUCAACCUCCUCUCAUGAUAUCAACUCCAGAUUUGAUACGUGGUGCUGAUCCACGUUACUCUGCUGUGUGGAAUCCCUCCAACAAAACUCAUGAUCUGCUGGUGAAGAACGUCUCUGAUUCAGAUGUGGGUCUCUACUUCUGCGCUAUGUAUGAGAAAAACAUCACCAAAGACGAAAAGGGAGUUUUACACCCUGUAGAUAUUUAUCACUACGGGAAAAGAACCACUCGACUCUCUCUCCUUGGUCCUUGUGCUGAUCUCCCCCAGACCCCCUCCACCCCUCCUGUCUCAGACUGUAGCGUCUGCUGGAAGCUGCUGGUCAGUGUGUGUCCUGUGUGUGUUCUCCUCUCCUCCACCUGUGUGUGCUGCAUCUACAGACACGCAAAGAAAGCAGAAGCUGGUCAGGAACGGAGGAACAAAGCGCAGAGACGGCGAAGCAGAACAACCGAUGAGGUUGGAGGAGAUGAGGUUUGUUACGCUUCAUUGGACAUCCCAAGCGGGGGAGAGAAACGGCUGAAGAAGAGAGUUGAGGGUUUGGAUUUCAGUACAUAUUCUGAGGUUAAAACUGACGGAAUGUGAAGAUAUUGGACUUUUAAUAAUUCAUAGAAGAAACGUAAAUGUUCCUUACGUUAUAGAGAGAAUCGUCUGCAUAUACUGACCUUGAACGUUGUUGAUGGAACAAAACUGCAACAUUGUGUUAUUUCGCUUUUUAUG